CACACCGUCCCGGACAUGCGCAGUGCGUCCGGAGCGGUGUGUGGUGAAGGAAUGAUGGCGUCCUCGGCUGCCCGUCGCUCCUCACGCUGGGUCACAGUCGUCGUGUCCUCUGUAUAUCGCCGGGCCCCCGGUGUCGCCGCGUGCACUGCCCAUGGAGGCGCCCGCGGUGUUUCUACAAUGGGUGCGGAAAAACUGUGGCGAGGAGGCGGCCUUGUGUACGGCGGAGCGGGGAAAGCGGUGACAUUGAGAGGGCUGUCAGGUCUCAGAUCGCCCAAUGCAGUUUGCACACUGUCCUUUCACACAAGCACCCCUGCCAGCAGCAAGCAGGACUUCUACCAGGUCCUUGGGGUGCCCCGCGCAGCAACACAGAAAGAGAUCAAGAAAGCCUACUACCAGAUGGCCAAAAAGUACCACCCGGACACCAACAAAGACGACCCACAAGCCAAGGAAAAAUUUGCUCAGCUGGCUGAAGCUUAUGAGAUCCUCAGCGAUGAAGCGAAGAGGAAGCAGUAUGACGCGUACGGCUCGGCGGGCUUUGGCGCUGGCCAGGCUGGUCGAGGGCAGCAACACUGGUCCGGACAGACCAGCAACGUGAACCCAGAGGAGCUCUUCCGCAAGAUCUUCGGAGAAUUCUCAGGAGGCCGUGGUUUUGGAGACUUCAAUGCCAUAUUUGAUCAGCCACAAGAGUACAUCAUGGAGCUGACAUUCACUCAGGCAGCAAAGGGAGUCAACAAAGAGAUGUCUGUUAAAACAGACGCAGCCUGCCAGCGCUGUGAUGGGAAGGGCCACGAGCCAGGCACUAAGGUCCAGCACUGCCACUUCUGCAAUGGGUCUGGCAUGGAGACUGUGAAUACAGGCCCGUUUGUGAUGCGCUCCACGUGCCGUCGCUGUGGUGGCAAAGGCACAGUCAUUUCUGACCCGUGUCAUUCCUGCCGUGGGACAGGACAAACCAAGCAGAAGCAGACUGUGAUGGUUCCUGUGCCUGCAGGAGUGGAGGAUGGUCAGACUGUCAGAAUGCCAGUCGGUAAGAAGGAGAUUUUCAUCACGUUCAGAGUCCAAAAAAGUCCAGUGUUCAGGAGGGACGGUGCAGACAUCCACUCUGACCUUUUUGUCUCUGUGGCACAAGCCAUUUUGGGCGGCACGGCCAGAGCACAGGGCCUUUAUGAAACGCUCAACUUAUCGAUCCCUGCAGGCAUCCAGACAGACCAGAGGAUCCGACUUUCAGGGAAAGGAAUCGCUCGUGUCAGUAGCUAUGGCUUUGGGGACCACUACGUCCAUGUCAAAAUAAAAGUACCCAAGACACUGACGGACAAACAGAGAGCUCAGCUAAUGAGUUAUGCUGAGGACGAGACAGACGUGGAGGGGACAGUGAACGGUGUUACCACCACCACCACAGGUAAAAGAUCCUGGAACUGAGCGACUCCAUCAGCAGGACAGUGGGCAGCGAGGACAACGGUGUCAAUCACAGACUAAAAGAAGGACAGAGGUUUGAGAAGUACAGGGUGGUGGAUGAGGCCUCUGAAGGUUCUGGAUGGAUCAGUACGAACGUUCCUGCCAUGCUCUGCAGUGGAUAGAGGAUUCCCUGCUCUAUUCAUCUGCCCAAGUGGAUCCACACAACACAAGAGGACGAUCCAGUGCACCACUCACCGCUCUGCCCAAUGUCCUUGGAGGCUACUUGGGUUGCAAAGACUGGUCAUUAAUACUAUUUCUCUGUGCAUGUUGGUUUCCUGCUGAUUAUCAUAAGAAAAUCAUUAUGGUGGUAACAGAAUCCAUGUGCACACAAAUAAAUUAUUGUAUUGACAAUGACUACAAAUACAGUCCAAGUUUUGUUUUGUUUUUAUUUUAUUUUCUCCUUAAGUUCUGUCACUGCACUGUCAGUACCUACAGGUUGAACAUUGUCAGACUACAUUUUGAGCUCGUGUUGGACAUUGUGGGAGUAUGGCUCCAGUGGAAAUGUUAAGUUUUCUUUAACUGUCAAUACUAACUCUGACCUGACCUUCCUUUAGCCUAUCACAUUGAGAGAAAUAACGUAGGGAGUUUUGAACCAUUGUAUUUGUACAAAGACGGCUACAUACAUACAUGUCAUAUAGAAGAGGUAUACUGUAAACCCUACAAUAAAGCUUUGGUCUGGAUGAAAGAAA